UCUCAUUUAUAAUUUUUAGAGAAGAAGUUAUAUUUCCCUACAGGGAUGCACCACGUGUCUGUGUAACACUUCUUCAGACGAAUCAUUGAUAAACAGAAGCCAGUUAAGAACCCUGUUGAGUUGCUGGGAGCUCUGAUGUGGUGCAGCUGCAACACACUCGAUCUAAAACAGCUGGAUAGGAGCCGACAGCAGGUUACACAUAUCCAAAUAUGCGCGUAACUGGAGUGCUCUGGCGAGGCUACCCUUGCACCCCUAUCCGGAUAACAUUGUCGUGAUGUUCAAUAUCUCGGGAUUUGAGCCCACUUUUAACAAGAAGGAGGACAAUUCCGAAGUUAUCAAUGGCUCUCUGCAGCUUCUCCUCGUCACCAUCAGCCCCACAACCAUGUGGAACGAGUCGUGCGGGGAGCAGCUGCUGGAUUUCACUCGCCCAGAGAAGAUCGUUAUCGGGGUGAUGUUGGCGAUCAUCACGGCGGUCACAGUGAUGGGAAACACGCUGGUGGUGAUCGCGGUGUGCGUGGUGAAGAAACUAAGACAGCCUUCAAACUAUCUCCUGGUAUCCUUAGCAGUGGCUGACCUGUCAGUGGCCAUAGUCGUUAUGCCGUUUGUAAUCGUGACAGAUCUCACCGGGGGAAAGUGGCUUUUUGGGGAGGUGUUCUGCAACAUCUUCAUCGGCAUGGAUGUAAUGUGCUGCACUGCCUCCAUCAUGACCCUGUGUGUGAUCAGCGUGGAUAGGUAUCUGGGGAUCACACGGCCUCUCACCUACCCAGCGCGGCAGAACGGUCAGCUGAUGGCCAAGAUGAUCCUGGGAGUCUGGCUGGUGUCAGCAUCCAUUACGCUGCCGCCUUUCUGUGGCUGGGCCAAAAACGUCCACACAGCCGGUGUGUGCCUCAUUAGCCAAGACUUUGGCUACACCAUCUAUUCCACAGCUGUGGCCUUUUAUAUCCCUAUGCUGGUCAUGCUGGUCAUGUACUACAAGAUCUUCAGGGCAGCUCGCAAGAGUGGUGCUAAGCACCGCUUCACUGACCUUUCACGACGUGAGCGUCUCGAAACAGUGGCCAAUGAGGCGCUGCGAAUGCAGGGCCUGAAGCCGCCCGGUGUGGCAGAGGAGUGCGCCGCAUUGUCCCGCCUGCUGACCCGUGAGCGCAGAAACAUCUCCAUCUUCAAGCGGGAACAGAAAGCAGCCACAACACUGGGGGUGAUCGUGGGGGUCUUUGCUGUGUGCUGGCUGCCAUUCUUUAUCCUGUCCACCGCCAGGCCCUUUAUCUGUGGAGUGGAAUGUAGCUGUGUGCCCAUCUGGCUGGAGCGCACGCUCCUGUGGUUAGGUUACGCCAACUCCCUAAUGAAUCCCUUCAUCUACGCCUUCUUCAAUCGAGACCUACGCUCCACUUAUCGUGACCUUCUCCGCUGCCGUUAUCGCAACAUCAACCGUCGGCUUUCUGCAGUGGGUGUACACGAAGCUCUCAAGGUGUAGGGCCGAAUGCUUAAGCCACUUGGUGCUUAAAGGGCGACAUGUAAACAGCAGGCCUGUAGACAGACAUGGCCUAACAGGAUAGAAGUCAGUGUUAGUGGCUCUCUGCAGACAGCACGAUCACUUCAGCGUGUGAGUCAGUCAUUCUAUUUUUGGAAAGAAAAUCAUAGAGCGUACUUGAUGGACUAUUCAAGUCGACACUGCUUUUGUGCAUAUGCCACAAUUCCAUCCUGCUCCAGAUUUAUGAUGGGAUAAUGCCGUAACAAAGGAAAUGGCAUAUAAACACAAUCAAUCAUCCUAGGGCUUUCAAAGAGACCAGAAGGCAAGCAGAUUUCUGUAUAUUAACAAAAUUGAUGUUUGAUAACAAAUAACAUUUGUUUUGUGGCACAAUGGUGUUUCCGAGCAUCUUCCUCUCACCACGCAUCAACGCAAAUCCCAGAUGAAUAUUUUUCAAACAGGAGGUAAACAUUUUGAGGUGUAUUACAGGACUUAAACUUAUAUCGCUUUAUCUCAAGUCAGAGCUUUCAAGUUGGUCCUCUAAGUGAAUUUAUUUGGAGCACCUUAGAUGUGUCCCAGUUGUUAAACAUCUGGUGAUUCUAAGGAGAACAAAGUGGAGUGGAAAAUGAUGAUUAAACACCACAUAGUGAGAACUUUUCUUUUAAUGAAAUCUCAGUGUUUGCUGUUAUAAAAGAAACUGAAGUUAGUUUGUUUAGUGUCUGCAUGAAACAUAUUUUUCUUACAUGCCACUGUAUACAUAAAUCGAAACUGAAUUUGGCAGCAGUGUUUCAUGGGUUACCCACACACUGCAUCGCACAGAAACCAUGGUACUGUGGACCUUUUCACUCUUGUCAUUUUGCCUUGAUUGGUUUAUUCCACAUUUGUCUCCAGACAUACUUGGUAAAUAGAGCAAUCUAAACCUUUCCACUUUAAGAAUUUACAUGUUCUUAAGACUCCUUUCUUCACUGGUUGUUGACGGUGUUUUUGUCUGUCUUUUGAAUCAGGAUGUGGCCACUUCCCUCCUGACUGCAGAACAUUUCCUUUUGAACUCUUCAGUGACUUGUAUGAACCCUUGUCAAAUAUCAUCAGUCGAGCAGUGUGUGCUUUAUUUCUACCUCGAUUUUUUGAGAAUACAUUUCCUCCCAAAAAGAUGUACUGCUGUAUCAUUUUGUAUUGAAAUGCUAUUUUUUAUUGUGUAAAAUCAAUCUGUCUACAACUGUGUGUGAGCGCUUUGAGUGACCACUUUGUUAUUACCUUGAGAAACAAUUUGGGGAAAGCGGGAGAAUAUUUCAUCACUUUGUAAAUAAAGAAACACUUAAAAUGUCACUGUGGCCUAGAUUAGUAUAAAAGCCAUUCAUGCAAAGUCAGUGACGUUUUGGUUCUUUGGACUGAGACUGUAGUGA